GUUGUAUAUGGCGUCUGCAUCUCCGCUUGCUAUAAGCGGUUUUUUUCUUGUAGGCGCGUUUACAGAGUUUAUAGGCCGCUGUUGGUGCUGUGCAGCAUCAUCAAGAUUCUGCGUAAUCAGAUCGCAAACACAGCGCAGAUAGGGAGCAAAAGUGGUCACCACCAUCAUCCGAAACAUCCUCGCCCACUUCGUGUCGUGUGUGCAGUGUGCUUCCGCUUUAAACGGACAUCUUGGCUAAUUUGGGCGGCUGGAGGAUCCACAGCAUAACAGCGCAACGUAUUGUUCAUUACAAGGAUAUACUUGGGAAUAACCACGUAGAUCCGCCUUUCCAGUUGUAUUUGCUGUUUAUUCGGUAGGCCUACCAGCUAUCAAGAUGUCGGACGACCGCGAUGCCCGGAGGUCGGCUCGGGACGCUCGCCGAGGCCAAGCGUCCCAAGAGGAGACCGAAGAUGAAGCCCGUGCCAAACGCGAAGAGAAGGAGCGUAAGAAAGCCGAAGUGCGGAAGCGUUUGGAGGAGGCGUCGAAGGCCAAGAAGGGCGUCAAGAAAGGCUUCUUGAAUCCCGAACGCAAGCGCAAGCUCAGAACUCUUUUGAUGAAAAAAGCCGCUGAUGAUAUGAAAGCCGAACAAGAGCGCAAAGCACAGGAACGUCGUCGUAUUCUCGAAGAGCGCAUCGGUGCCGAUCAGCAUAACGGUGUGGAUUCGGAGUCACACCUCAAAGAAGUAUGCAAGAAAUAUCACGAUCGCAUUCGCGAACUGGAGGAGACACGAUAUGACCUGGAAGUCAAAGUUCGCGCUAAGGAUUACGAACUGAACGAGUUGACUAUCCAAGUCAACGAUUUACGAGGCAAAUUCGUUAAACCCACGCUGAAGAAAGUGGCCAAAUACGAAACCAAGUUUUCCAAAAUGGAAAAGAAAGGCGAAGCCGGCGCAGUGGAUUUCAGAAGCAAUCUCAAAUCUACGGGUAUCAACAAGUUUGCACUGGAGGAGGAAACUAAAGAUAAAACCAAACCGGAAUGGGCUGCCAAGAAGGAGGAGGAAGCUGUGGAAGCUUAGAUCAUCCGCUUUUUGCGACAGCGCGCUGUGUAUUUUUUGGGAAUAUGCAAAAAAAACUGUCGAAUUGUGGCGAAACCGCUUGUCAUAUUUGUACGGAGAACGUUAAAUGCGUAACGGAGCCUUCUACUAUGAUAACCAUAAUUUCCCAGCAGCUUCAGUCGUUUACUUUUUAUGUUAUCUGUCCAAUGGUGAAAUGCGGUUAACCUGUAGCAUCAGCGCUAUUUUAUUACUUAUCACUUUAUUGAUACUGAUGGUGUAUCGUUCUGCUGAGUAUCAAGCAUUCGUUCAGUUUUCCAUUCGAAACCGUAAUAAUGCAUAAAACAUUGGCACUUCUACCUGUCCACAAAGGUG